UCGUAAAAUGAAACGUUAGCUGUCAAAACGGUAGCGAUGCGAUUUUCAAUGACACUCGUGCGAUACAAAAUAUUUUUUUUAUAUUAAUCCAAUACAUUUUUUACCACAAAAUAAUACAUCAUUGUAAAGCCGACGAAGUUACAAAUGAGUAACUUCAAAACACUGCGCUUAAAUGACGACGAACUAACAUCACCAUCCUCUGAUGAGAAGAUGGACACAGGAUCAGAAUCCUUCCGAUCUCAGGAUACUCCCAACUCAGUCCUAUCAUCAGACUUCGAGGGAGACCAUCCAGAACCGAACGGGGUCUUAAGACUUCAGAACCCAGAAAUCCAUCGCUUAACAGAAUCUGAUAAAUUUAAUGAUAGUCUCAUCACUAAGAUGUCUAAUUUGCACUUAGAUUCACCUAGACCUAAGAAUCUAGGAAUUAGUCCCCCCAAAUUCAGUUCAACUUUAACUCUAACCACGAAUCACCCCCUAAUGAGUCCGGAUGAGAAUUAUCCGGAUCUGAUCCCCAAAAAAGUUCCGAAAAUCGAUGAGGAGAAAGAUUUAAGCCUAUCGAGUAUUGAAGAUGAGAGGGCUAAUGAGAAUAAUGGCUUCUACAGUCCACAAAGGAAUACGUCGAAAAACAAUUUGUAUUUUACGGAUCCUUUUGUGACGGCUGACAGUCAAGAUUUUACUGGUUUGGAUCUCACAGUGCCCCCUGAUGUGGCGAGGGUCGAUAAGAUGGAACGGAGGAAGAUUGUGCCGAAGUUAAGAGAUGGGACGCCUCAGAAGGUGGAUGCUAUGUUGAAGUUUAUCGAUGAGAAGACUAAGCAGAGUACUCCCAAGUCUUUACCAGUUGAUAUCACUGUCAAUGAGGAGUUUCAUUCGGUCGCCGAGUGGUGCGAAUCUCCGUCCCAUCUCAGGUCGAUGCCCAACUUCGAGCUGCCGAUCGAGAUGUCCAGCAGUAUAGGAAUUCAUAACGAUCUAGACUCCCCAGAUGUAAUAUCAGCAUCGACACAGGAGGAUAGGUCAGCGUACCAGGCGCUCCUAGACCCUUACACCGGCAGCGUCGCCUUGCGUCAUACUCCGGCACCGCACCGCAGUCCAGGAACGCAACGGAGGAAGAUACAAUUGCCCCCAGAAGAAGACAGAUGUAGCCUGGACAGCGUCAGCGCGUGCUCCAUGGAGUCUGAAGACGAACCAGCAGACCCUCAGGAGUUGGGAACGGCGCCGGUCAACCAACACCUGGUACUAAGUGAUGAUGAGGGCAGUAAAAUGUCAAAAUCGACAAACACGCUAUCAGAAGGCAGUGACCCCAUCCCGGAGUACUCCGCGGCGGAGGAGCUGAGCAACGAGCGCGCCUGGAUCACUGUGCCCAGACCUGGGGGACAUGUCACUUGUGAUAUGAAGGUCAUUGAACCGUACAAGCGUGUGAUAUCCCACGGCGGCUACGACGGAGGUGGAGCAGCGCUCAUAGUGUUCAGCGCGUGCCAUCUACCGGACUGUGCGAGACCGGAUUAUACUUAUUGUAUGGAUAAUCUGUUCCUUUAUGUGAUCUGGACACUAGAACGCCUGGUGACAGACGACUACGUGCUGGUCUACCUCCACGGCAGCGCCGGCAGGAGACGACUGCCCACCUUCCACUGGCUACACGAGUGCUAUAAACUUAUUGAUCGAAGAUUACGUAAAAGCCUGAAACAUCUUUAUCUAGUACAUCCCACGUUUUGGCUGAAAUCUUUUGUCAUAUUGACGAAGCCUUUUGUGAGUUCCAAAUUCUUCCGCAAGCUAUCUUACGUCCGAAGUCUAGCGGAAUUGAUGCAGAAGGUCCCAGUGGAACCGAAUGCAAUCCCCGAGCUUGUAAAACAAUACGACGCUACUCGACGGUAGGUGGCGCUACUGUAGAAUUUCAGAGUUUGUGCGAGUUUGUUUUAUGUAAACGCUAUCGACAUAUUUAUAACGUUCGGCGCUUUGAUUGGCUAUUCCAAACUUAACUAACCAAUCAUAGGGUUAAACGCAAUUUCGCUAGCGUGAAAUAUGUUAAACGGUUUUAAUUAGCUGUAUUCUACCAAUCAAACGCUUUUUGAUAUCCAUAAUAGAGGUUGUUGUGGAAACAAUUUGAUUAUAUUGUAUGGCCAUCAAAAUUAAGAGUGUGUACCAAAUAUCAGACCGAUGUUUCGUCAGGAAGGGGGUGAAAUUACAAUUACUAAAGACACAAAAAGACAAAAGGGACAAGCUAAAUAAAACCGUUUGACAAAAUAACUCGCUAGAACACAAAUAACGCUACUCGACAACAGAUGGCGUUUAGCAUCGAGUCCAGUGUUCAGUAGACAAGUUAUGAUAGCUUUUUGUAAGUACAAUGUUAUUUUGGGUGAUGUGAUUGUGUUGGUAACGGUACUUUACGUUACUGUAAUUGGCAUUUUUGCGAGAAGAGUAUAACCUGGGUGUCUUCAAGGCCCGAGUGAAUAGGUUGCUUAUGUGACGACGUGCUCCAUCAUAGACCGCAUGAUCGCUUACCACCAGGCGAGAUAGUGGGCAAACGUCAACCCAUCCAAUAUUAAAAAAAUAUGUGUGAUUAGAGUUGAUUUUCAUCAAUUCUUUUGUAUUUUUUCGGCGUCUGGAAAUGUCCCGUAUGUGAGACGACAGACUCGCUUUUUAUUCCUUUAUAAAAAGUGUCAAAAAUUUGGGACGAAUGCAAGAAGACCUAUGAUUAUCUAUUUAAAAAUUGCUAACAAUCUUAGCUCACAACACAGAUAAUAAUAUGUUUUAAAAUUGGCUCGUUAUAGUAACUCAAAUUCACUCAGUUUACAGCGUAAAAUGCCUAAAUAUAGUAUUUCACUGUUUCCCAAUAUCACUAAAAUCGUGUUAGUUAUUACAGCUUAAAGUACUUGCUACUAAAUACUGGACUCGUGUUAUUGAAUAUGAAUUCAUUUAGGUGAAGGCAGUGAUUUAUAUUAUCAUUACAUUACAUAAACGUGUAAUUUUUAUCAAAUAUAUCAUAAAAAUCACUAUCUUUACAACUGUAUUAUGUAUAAAUGAAAAUAAUAUCAAAAUAUUUAUCUUCGUCACUUAAUUUAUUUAUACCAAACAUUAUUAUAUAUUUACUCAAUUACAAUUACAGAAUUUCUUUAUUUAAAGACUCCGUUUCACUCCGAAAUUGAUCGAUGCACUCCGAAAAUUGGGUCAGAUAAUUUAUUUUGGUAUGAAUAAAUCAAUUGGUGAUUGUACAAAAAUUACAAUAAUUAAAUGAAAACAAUAAUU